CUUGUCCUGUCCUCCUUCGCUCAUGGCUUCCUCUCCCUCUCCCUCUCCCUCUCCCUCUUCGUCCCCCUCCGUCCUCCUCUUCGGAGUGGGCAGCGUCGGCGCCAUCUACCUGCACCAACUGCAGCGCGCCGGCUGCACCGUCACCGCCGUCUGCCGCUCCAACCACGACGCCGUCGCCCAGCACGGCUUCAGCCUGCGCAGCCCCCGCUUCGGCACCGUCUCCUAUCGCCCCGACCACGUCGUGCGCUCCCCCGCCGACUGCCCCCCCAACACCACCUACGACUAUGUCCUCGUCACGACGAAGGCCUUCCCCGGGCGGACGCCCUCGCUCGCCGACCAGCUGAGCCCCGUGCUGACGAACCGCCCACACACCGCCGUCGUCCUGGCGCAGAACGGCAUCGACAUCGAGACCGACCUCGCCGCCGCGUUCCCCGCCAACCCCAUCCUCAGCGGGGUCGUCUACCUGCCCACCAUCCAGACGGCCCCCGGAGUCAUCGAGCACGGCGAGAUGCUCAACCACCUCGAGCUGGGCACCUACCCGGCCACUGCCCCGGGGAGCCACAAACGCGCCGCGGAGAGAUUUGUCGGGCUGAUGGUGCAGGGCGGCGGGGAUGCCACGCUGUUCGAGAAUAUCCAGGAGGCGCGAUGGUCUAAGCUGCUGCUCAACGCGGCCUUCAACCCUGUCUGUGCGUUGUCGCUGUGCACCGAUGGCGGGUUUCUGGCUACCUCGGACCCCUUCGCGCGCGACCUGGUCUGGGGCAUCAUGAUGGAGAUUGUGGCGCUGGCGCGUGUGAUGGGCAUCCCGGGGGUCGACGAGGAGGCGGCGCAGCAGCGGAUCGCGCUGGCUGAGCGGCGGACGAGGGAGGGGACGGGUCGCGAGGUGAGUAUGUUGCAGGACGUGCGCAUGGGGCGGCCGUUCGAGGUCGAGGCGAUCGUGGGGAACGCAGUGCGGCUGGGGAGGCAGCGAGGGGUGGCGAUGCCCCGGCUGGAGACGGUGUAUGCGCUGGCCAAGGGGCGGUUAGACGCGUUGAUGCAGGGGAUGUAGUGUGGAGAUGGGGAAACCGGGUCCAGAUGGCAGACCCGGCAGAUGUACAUACAUACCUAUUUGGGUCAUGAGUGAUGUAGGACAGGAGCCUUGGCGGAAAGGCUGCAAGGCUGCCGCCAUGCAGAGUGACUGCGGCAAUCACUGUCAGGCAGCGCCGGAGACGGUGGCAGCCUGGCGUGAAUGUUGACUGUGAAGGGAAUCGAAAGAGAUCAUUGCCUAUAAAGCAACACUGCUCA